UUGGCUCCAACAUGGGAAACUGUUCGUUCAAGAGCGAGAGAGAUGGAGAUGAAGUCUCUUGUAAAGUAGUCACAAAGAACCAGUUCAUGAUGAUGUACGUCAUCGGUAAAGGCGGCUUCGGAAGAGUCUGGAGAGUCCAAGAAGGCGACAUCCAGUACGCAAUGAAAGAGAUGUCCAAGCAGAGAAUCCUCGCUAAAUAAGAGCGUGAAUUCCGUUCUCAACGAGAGAAAUCUUCUAUCCAAGCUUCAUAAUGACUAUAUUGUGAACAUGAAGUACGCUUUUCAAGACAGGCAUAAUUUGUACCUGAUCAUGGACUACCUUGGCGGAGGGGACCUGAGGUACCACAUCUGUAAACAUCGGAGGUUUACUGAGCUGCAGACCAAGUUCUUCGCUGCCAAUAUCAUCCUUGGGCUUGAGUACUGCCACAAGAACAGUAUUAUCCACAGAGACAUCAAGCCUGAAAAUAUUGUCUUUGAUAACGAUGGAUAUUUGAGGAUAACUGACUUUGGAAUAGCAAGAAUUUGGAACCCCGAAAAUAAGAAAGAUACUAGCGGCACUCCAGGUUAUAUGGCCCCAGAAGUAAUGUGCCGCCAGAACCAUGGAGUCGCUGUUGAUUACUUUGCCCUCGGAGUCAUUGUUUUCGAGUGAAUCUUUGGAUUUAGACCCUAUCGAGGAAAAUCACGGAAAGAAAUCAGAGAUCAAAUCUUAGCGAAGCAAAUUAAAAUAAGGGCUCAUGAUAUUCCAGAAGGCUGGAGCUCCGAAGCCUGAGAUUUUGCGAACAAAUUACUUCAGAGAAAGCCUGGAUCCAGGCUUGGUUAUAACGGACCUUCGGAGGUCAAGUCCCAUCCUUGGUUUGAUGGAUUCCCUUGGGAAGAAUUAGAGAAAAAGCAGUUGAUCGCUCCAUUUAUCCCAGACAGCACUGAUAAUUUUGAUGUCAAAGUAACUAAUGACGGAUGGAAAGAUGAAGACUCUGACAAAAUGAAGGAAGCCAAUAUUCUCCUCAGGAGAGAAACAGUCCAAGAUCUGUUCAAAGGAUACUAUUACGAUCAAUCUUUCGAAAGUUUUGGAUAUAAUAUAGAAGAGAAGUAUAAAACUGCUCCUCGGAUAAUCCAGCAAAGAAGAGGUCCACCCUCUAGAACAAUGAGACCGUCUCCAUCUCGGAACUCGGAUUCACAUAUGGAUAGAGACAACCGUAUCAAUAGUGGAUUGGGAAGGACAAGGUCUAACGCUCAACCGAAUAAUAUUGCUUCUGCAUCAACAGAGGAAGGCAAAAAUAAUAUUUAGUGCAACUUUUCAGAGAUAUAAACCUAUUUCUCGACCCGAUAGUGCUAUGAUGGGAAGAAUAAAUUCUAAAAAUAUAACGAAAUAUCAAACCAGAGCGAGCGGAGGAGGGAUUGCGAAGAUGUCCUUACCAAAGGGGCCUUUUCAUUUCAGGAAUGAGUCUAAGAAAAUCUCUCAGAUAUGAUCAAGAAGUAGUACAAGGAGAUCAACGAAAACAGGAUCUUCAUCUCAGCAAUAAUUGAACUAGUUUAUAGUGCUUCAAUUUCUAAUUAUAUUA